UUCUUACUAGGUACAAUGUGUUUCAAAUUUUCAUAUGAAACAUUAUCAGGAGCUAUUGGGUUGACCAUUUUGAAUAGAUUGGAUGGAAAUGCUUUGGGAGCUACCACAAUUUUGAGCUUGUUAACAAUUUCAUUUGGUUUGGCUCAAUCCAUUUCUUCAUCAACUGUUGAAGGUCUCUUGAAAAUUAUUAGAGCUACCAGAUUGUAUUGUCUUUCUUUGGUUUUCUUUGCCCUUUUGGUGGUGGUCAUGAUUAUUUUGGAAGCUUCGACAGGUGGCACUUUGACCACUGCUGGUUGGUGGACUCCUUGGAUUAUCUUCCCUAUUUACAUUUUCAUUGGAUUCAGCGUUGGUGUGAUGGAAGUUUUGAGAAAGAUUAUACCAGCUUCCAUUUUAGGUAAUAAUGAAUCGUCAGUGCUGAAGAGAAUUAAUGCAGGUGUUCACAUAACGUAUGAAUUGGCAGGUACAGUUGGUGCCUUCUUAUCAAGUGUUUUCAUUGAAAAGAUGGGAACUAUUUUUGCUCUCUUCCACAUUCCAGUAUUUUUCAUUGCUGCUUCCAUUUUCCUCUUCUUCAUUACUGUGAAGGAAGUUGAAAUCUUUGAAGAUUCUGAAACCAAAGAACAAGUUAAUGUUCCUUCAACUGAAUCUGCUCCUACAACCUCAGCUCAAGAAACAACUCCUCAACCAAACAACAAAGUUUUAAGAAUUUUGAAAAAGAUUGGAACUGUCAUCAAGAAUUAUUUCAAGAGCAUGUACAUUGGUGCCAAAUUAGUCCUCACCAACAGAUAUUACAUUUGGUUGAUUCCAUGCUUUGUCAUUCCACAAGUUCUCCAUAGAUUGAUUGAAAAUAUCUUCCUCCCUGCUUACAGUAAGAACAUCCUCAAGAAGGGAUCUUAUUCUGGAAUUCUGUUGGGUGGAAGUAACUUUGGUGAAUUGUGUGGAGCUGGAAUGCUCUUAAUAUUUGCCAAGAAGGUGAAACUUCCAACAGUUUGGAUUGUUUUGGAUUGCUUGUUUUUGAAUUUGAUGUGGAUUUUCCCAUUCUUGACAUUUAAUGAAAAGACUGAUGACAACUUGAUAUUUGCUAUUUGUAUGGUUCCUGCCAUGAUGUUAAUUUCAGGUUCUUGGGCUGCUGGUGAUAUUUCUCAAGUUGCUUAUUUGCAAUCAACUCUGUCUGAAGAACCAAACGAAAAGACUGGUGUUAAUGAGCUGGCAGCUGUCAUGAGUUUCUUAUACUCAUGUUACAUUAUCUUGACAACUUUGAUUGCCUUUGGACUUUCUCAAGCUAUUGAUCGUUUUAAGGAAAAUGGUCAACCAGAAUUUGGUUUCAUGACAAUUUGUAUCUUCAUGUCAGUUGUUUCAUUAGUGAUUUGUGUCAUUUACUUGGUUGUUGCCAAGUUCAAACCAUCACUCCAUGAACAAAAGGAAGCACUUAAAUCUCAAAAAGAAGAAACUCUUCCAGAAGCAACUUCUGCUGUGAAAUCAGAAGAAGAAACUCAACAAGUUUCAGUAUCAGUGUAAUAAAUAUCAUCUUCUGAU